GUGAUCUAAUACACAAAUCAUAUUCAUUCUACUAUUAUUAUCUUUAAUAUGACAAUUAAAACAAUCUUAUCAAAAUAUCCCUUAACUUUAAUCAUCACAGCCAUUUAUCGUUUCUUAAUUUUAUUUACAUUAAUCAUUCUUACAGUAAUGGGUUAUCAAUAUUUUUAUCCAAAUGAAAAUGUUAAUUUUGUGAAAUUAUUAAGUUUAUUUAAAUCACUUACUGUGAUUACAUUGGGUUUAUCAAUUGUAUACUUUCUAACAGCUACAUUAAUUCAAUGGUUAAAAUGGGAUAAAAUACAUAGUUAUUUCUAUGUACUUGUAUUAACUUAUAGUUGGGUAGCUUUAUGUAUGUAUAUAUUGGUUAUAUUAUUACAUCCGGGCAUUUUAACUUGUAAUCCGGAAUUGAAGAAAUUACCGUUAUGGUUCAAUUAUAUAUGUAAUUUAAUUGUACCAGUGACAAUUAUGAUUGACGCCUUCCUAUGGAAACCGAAACCAGUUAGAUUUCUGAUUUCAAUCUUGGUAUGCGGUCUACUGGCGUUCGCUUACAAUAUCUUUGUCGAAGUUCAAAUCAAUAAAUUACAAUACAGUAUGUAUCCAGCUCUAGAUGAUAUGGCUAUUAGUUGUCGUCUUCUAGUAUAUUUUGUUACUUGGAUAUGUAUAUUCAUAAUCACUUUUCUAUCAUAUCUAUUUAUUCGUUUACUUAAUCGUGAUAACAAUAUACAAACUAUAGUAGAAUUGUAUAGAAGAAAUAAACCAAAAUUCUAAAUUCUUUCAAUCUUAUCAUCAAUAUAUUACAAUAGUCUUUACAUUGAAGUGUUCAACAAUGUGAAUCUAAUUGAAAUAGAAUAAGACUAUUUAUUUUAACAAUUCAUUCAUGUGUUGUACCAAAUCUCUCUCUCCUCAAGUUGAAUUUAUAAUUUGAUUGUUAUUCACUUUCACUAAAACCUUUUCUUACAAUAUGUUAGUGUGAAUACAGUCAAUAACUAUUCAAAUAUAAUGUCCU